UCAAAGAUAAACAUGACAUCUAGAAGCCUUUUUGGAUGCUCAGUUGUCAUGGAGGACAUAUCUACAGACUGGUAAGGGAGUGACCAGACAACAAGUCAGAGGUGGAAGGAUAUGAGUGUAGCUGAUGUCAGUGUACAACAUCAUUCAGUGCAACAAAAAUAUUAGCAAUAAAACAUCUGGUUGAAAUACUUCAUGGGCUGCUGUCUGAUAAAAUCUUCUUUGAAUUCGCUGUGGGUUUUAUUCUACAAGGUUCCUCUCUUCGGGAAAAAGAGUUUCGCUGUAUAAAUUACAUUCAAAUAUCUGUCGGUAAAUACUCGCCCAGUAAAAACAUCUGCCACCCGUGACAAGCGUGACCUGCCUGGUAAUCUUUCAUGCAAAUACAAAAAAAAAACAAAAAAAAAACAAAAACAAAAACAAAAAACCAACCACGUCUUAAUAAAAUGUUAAAUCUGGCGGGCUUUUAUUAUUGAGCAUUGAGUAAGAGUACUCUGUCGCUAGUAUGACCAGUGAAACAAGAGAGUUUUAGUAGUUUUGUUUCGUUUUUGGUGAAGAGAUGAAAAGCUGUUAAUGGAAUGGGAAACUGGAGACACUCGCCAGCGGCUUUAAAAUAGUCCCGCAGAGAACCUGUGACAAGAUACUGCAGUGGACACAGAAUAAGUUUCCAAGGAUUGCUUCUUUUGUCACAUGCAUCUGCCCCCAGUUACCACGAGUGAAGGUUAUUACAUUGUAUGCAAAAUAAACUAGAAGUAUCUAACCUUGACAUUGCCUCAGUUUUUCGUGAUUAUUUUUACUUACCAAAUAAAGAUAGGACGACUUCUGUUAAGACUGCCAGGAGCAUCUAUAAGGCUUUGCUUUGGUGGUCUGUUUUUGAAGAGAGCUUGCUCAUAUUUAUGAAUACAUUCAACAAGUACACUAUGAAGAUACACAAGGCGCAGAAAAUGUGGCCUGCUGUACACCUUGUGUUUGUUUUGCUCGUGUACUGGGCAGUUUGUUCACAACAAGAAACAUGUACCGACUUGAACUUUUAUCCUCACAGGAAUGAUGUUUUAUAUGUUAAUGAAAAUGACUUUGUCAACUUGACAUUCUGGUUUAACGUGUCGGCAUGUAACCAGACAAAUAUUGUCCAUAAAGUGACAGUUCAUACGAAGACAACCACCGGCAUUGAGUAUGACGGGGCAGUAACAUACAAUAAUGGCAAGUGCACUGGACGACAGUCUAUUCAGUGUAUCACCCCAACAGGCCCAGCAACGUUGUACAAACAAGUGAAUCGAUCUCAUCUGCUAAUCGAAUUGGAAUUUUCGUCACCACCUUCUGAUGAUUUGAUAUCAUUACAAAAGAAGCUCAAUGUUUUGUAUCCACCAGAUGUCACAAGUCUCACUGUGAAUGGAAGUGAGGUCAGUGGUAACUACCUGAUUGAUGAAUUCCAAGAGGUUAGCAUCUCCUGCACCUUUGACCCAGGAAACCCACCUGGUAAAUUCUUCUUGUUUGAUAAAACUGGAAAUGAAAUAAAAGCUACUAGAGGUGAAGACUAUCUCAACCUUUCCCUGACACUCCGGUGUGAACACGACUGGCCCACAGUCCGAUGUGAGGGAAGCGGCUCGAAAACUAAUAAGUCUGUGUCUUUCCUUGUCAGAUGCGCAGAACUGAAGUUUACCCAUCUUGGAGAAAACAUUACUUCGAUUUCUGUAAACAAGUUUGUCAGCGUGACCUUCGCUUUAAACGUUUCAGCAUGCGAUCUGCCGAGAAGAUUGUACACAAUAAAAGUGGGAACAAGAACAAUCGCUGGAAGUCUCGAGUACGACGGGUCGAUUACAUUUUUUGAGACAAGCAGAUGCUCUGAAACACUUAACACUUCAGUUCGUUGCACUACUCCAGCAGGUCCAGCAGAACUCUACAGAGAAGUAAACAGAUCUCACGUGCAAAUCGAGUGGAAGUGGCAGUGGAAAAACUUGCAGUCGAGUAGAUAUUUGAACAAUCAAAAAGAGCUGAAACUCAAUGUGUUGUAUCCACCCAGUGUUACAAGUCUGACAAUGAACGGACUUGAAGUCAACGGCGAUCAUCUCAUUGACGAGGGUGAGAUCAACAUUUCCUGCUCAUUCGACCAAGGGAAUCCGCACUCUAACUUCCUUCUGCUGAGUGAACAGGGGAAAGAAAUGAAUGCUUUGCGAGCAGAAAAAUAUCUUAACGGUUCACUAUUAAUCAGCUGUCACUUGGACUGGCCAACCAUCCGAUGUGAAGGAAACGGUUCAAACGUGAACAGAUCUGUUAGCCUGCUUGUCAGGUGUUGUCCCCAAUUUAAAAGCAAGUACCCAAAGGUCACCACAAAUAAAACUCAUGAGAACUGGACAUUUCACGUCAGGUCUCACGCAAAAGAAAUCAAGAAUUGUUUGCUGACCCCGAUGUCAUUAAAGGAGAACGCAAGCAAGGACGUAAACUGCACGCUGAUUGGUGAUCCGCCUGAAAUGCUGUUAACCGUUGCUCUAGACAAGGAAGAUAUCGAGAAGGAAAGAAAGUGGGCUCUAAAAUUCAGCAAUGAAAGAGGAUUUUCAGACCCUUUGGUUUUCAGAAUAGUGUCUCGUAAGUAUUUACUUCCCCAUUAUGUUAUUAAAAGAUAAAUUUAAAGCUGUUGUUCUUUAAACGAUCUUAACACAUUCUUAAGGAAAGCUAAACAAUUUUUAUGCGACUUUUAGGCAAAUUUUAACGUUCUUAGCAAAGUGAGAGCCUUAACACACAUCGCCUGAUUAAUAUAAAGAAGCUGCAACGACUCUUUAGGAUAAUAUAUGUUUAAUGUAAAACUGAAACAUUUAUAGGAAGCGUUAGUUUUAUUUUUUUUUAAAAAAAAAAGAUUAAUUCAUUAAUUUGGAUGUUUUUGAAUUUGAUCAAGUACAUAUGCAAGCACACAAAAAGUCAUAACACCAGUCAUUUCUAAAUACUGAAGCUUUUAAUAUAUUUAUCACAAAUAUUCUAAUAGUAUUUAAUAUGUUUCGCUAUCCAUUAUAUAUUACUAUUCGCAGCCUUCUCCUUACAGUGAAAAAGCCAGUGCCCUAGUUGAGCGAAACUAUAGUAACUAUUUAUCUCUAGGUGUAAUUCAAAAGAAAAUAAUCUAAGCAUCAAAUACCCAUUAAUACUUUGAAGCAAAAAGAUAUUAUUUCCAGAAAAAACCACAAUCCCACCCGAUAUCUUUUUUGAAAGUAUGUAGCCUGGGAUCUUUGGUGUAAGAUUAGGAUCCACUUUGCGUCCUGGUUUUGGGUGUGUUGAAUUUGAUGCUAAUUCAUAUUUUGAUAUAAAUAUCCAGUUUCAUCUCUCGUCGCUGGCUCAGACACGGUGAAGCUGAGCAUCUUCGCAAAAACAAAAACAAAAAAAAUCCGUUUGCAUUUUGACGUGCGGCAGAAAUAUAUUUUCCUGACACACCUUCGCGUGCAGCCAUUGAUGACAAGUUAUUGUCGCUUACGUUUUCAAUAAAUUUCUUAAAGUGUCAUUUGCAAAGAGGAAGGAACGACUUGUGACAGGUGAGUUUACGCAUCAUGAAUAUUCGAACUUACAGUAUAUUGAAUUGUAAGGAAUUCACAGGUAGAUGCACCCACUUCUUCAUUAAUUUAUUUAUCUAUCAGUGCACAAAUCAACACAACCAGACAGACAUUAUUCAUGACUGACGUUUGUUUUUUGAGAUAAUGUUCUUUGUUAUCAUUAACUAUUUAAAGUUUUAUUUAAAUAACACCUUAAUGUUAACAACCACAUCAUUGUGUAAAUCUGUUUAGGAAAGUGUCACAUUUAAAGGUGAGUUGCAAGUGAUUAUGUCCGUAUAUAUUUUAUGCAUUUUUCAUGUUUUAUUCAGUUCAGAAGAUUUUUGAGUUUGUUUUAUUUAGUGUAUUAUUAUAUUGUAUAUGUACAUAUUAUCCACAGCUCUGAUGUCACUGCCCUGACAAAAACUCCACAGAUGGCAGUUGUACAAUGUUUCGUUCAGUAUGUGGUUAAGUAAAGCAAUCUGUUAAAAA